UCCACGGAAGUGGGAGCAGUCUCUUGGUCAUUCCCUGUACUGUCUGCAGUCGCUGGUCAUCUCAUGUACUGUCCGCAGUCGCUGGUCAUCUCAUGUACUGUCUGCAGUCUCUGGUCAUCCCCUGCACUGUCCGCAGUCUCUGGUCAUCCCCUGCACUGUCCGCAGUCUCUGGUCAUCCCCUGCACUGUCCGCAGUCUCUGGUCAUCCCCUGCACUGUCCGUAGUCUCUGGCCAUCUCCUGCACUGUCCGCAGUCUCUGGUCAUCCCCUAUACUGUCCAUAUUCUCUGGUCAUCCCCUAUACUGUCCGCAGUCUCUGGUCAUCCCCUGUACUGUCCGCAGUCUCUGGUCAUCCCCUGUACUGUCCGCAGUCUCUGGUCAUCCCCUGUACUGUGUCCGCAGUCUCUGGUCAACCCCUGUAUGUCCGCAGUCUCUGGUCAUCUCCUGUACUGUCCGCAGUCUCUGGUCAUCUCCUGUACUGUCCGCAGUCUCUGGCCAUCUCCU